AUGGUGGGAGCUAAUAACAUUGCGAGUAAAAACGUACAAGCCAAGUUGGUGAUCCUAGGUGACAUGGGAACUGGGAAAACAAGUAUGAUCUUGAGAUUUGUUAAAGGCCAAUUUUUUGACUUCCAGGAGUCCACAAUCGGAGCUGCCUUCUUUACACAGGUUGUGUCAAUAAAUAACACUACGGUGAAGUUUGAUAUAUGGGACACGGCUGGGCAAGAACGUUAUCACAGCUUAGCUCCAAUGUACUAUCGUGCAGCAGCUGCGGCUAUUGUUGUGUAUGAUAUCAACACCAUGUCUUCAUUUCAAAAAGCAAAGAAAUGGAUUGAAGAACUACAGAGGCAGGGUAACCCGGAUACUAUUAUGGUUUUAGUGGCAAACAAAGCAGAUAUGAUUACUAAAAGAGAGGUUGAUCCUGAGGAAGCGAAGCAAUAUGCUAAAGAAAAUGGCUUGAAAUAUUUCGAGACUUCUGCUAAAACAGCGCAAAACAUACAAGAGCUCUUCUAUGAAAUAGCAACGGAAGUUGCACAAGCUGCCCCAUCACCAUCAAUGCCGAGCGGAAUGAAACUACAAAGUGAAACACAAGAGAGACGUAAAAAAUUAUUCUGCUGCAAUACAUGA